AUGCGGUUUGCCCGCAUCCCACCGAUUUUCGCCAAUGUCGUUCGACAGACACAGCAUAGAACAUAUGCAAAUGGAGUCGUCAAGCCAAGAGAAUUCAACAAGGUUAUGGUAGCAAAUCGUGGAGAAAUCGCUAUUCGUGUGUUCCGUGCUCUCACUGAGUUGAACAAAACGUCAGUUGCCAUCUACGCUGAGCAGGACAAAAAUUCGAUACAUCGUCUGAAAGCUGACGAAUCGUAUCUUGUUGGAAAAGGGCUUCCACCAGUUGCCGCCUAUCUCACAAUCGAUCAAAUCAUUGAAACAGCUCUCAAGCACGACAUCGACGCUAUUCAUCCUGGAUAUGGUUUCUUAUCAGAACGCUCCGAUUUCGCAGCUGCUUGCCAAAAUGCUGGAAUCGUUUUCAUUGGACCGAGCCCCGACGUAAUGGCGCGAAUGGGAGAUAAAGUUGCUGCUCGUCAAGCUGCUAUUGAGGCUGGUGUGCAAGUUGUUCCUGGAACUCCAGGCCCAAUUACGACUGCCGAUGAAGCUAUUGAGUUUGCUAAGCAAUACGGUACUCCAAUCAUUCUGAAAGCCGCCUAUGGAGGAGGAGGACGUGGAAUUCGUCGUGUUGACAAGUUGGAAGAAGUGGAGGAAGCUUUCCGGAGAUCGUAUUCUGAAGCACAAGCUGCAUUCGGAGAUGGAAGUCUCUUCGUGGAGAAGUUCGUUGAAAGACCAAGACAUAUUGAAGUACAAUUGCUUGGAGAUCAUCAUGGAAAUAUCGUUCAUUUGUAUGAACGUGAUUGCUCUGUUCAACGACGCCAUCAGAAGGUCGUUGAGAUUGCCCCAGCUCCAGCACUCCCAGAAGGUGUCCGUGAGAAGAUUCUUGCCGAUGCCCUUCGUCUUGCGAGACAUGUCGGAUACCAAAAUGCCGGAACUGUCGAAUUCCUAGUCGAUCAAAAAGGCAACUACUACUUCAUCGAGGUCAAUGCACGUCUCCAAGUCGAGCACACAGUCACUGAAGAAAUCACUGGCGUAGAUCUUGUCCAAGCUCAAAUUCGUAUCGCAGAAGGAAAAUCGCUUGAGGAUCUCAAACUUUCUCAAGAUACAAUUCACACAACUGGAUCUGCUAUUCAAUGCAGAGUUACAACCGAAGAUCCAGCUAAAGGAUUCCAACCAGAUUCUGGAAGAAUCGAAGUAUUUAGAUCUGGAGAAGGAAUGGGAAUUCGUCUUGAUUCUGCCUCUGCUUUCGCUGGAUCCGUCAUUUCUCCUCAUUACGAUUCGUUGAUGGUCAAAGUGAUUGCUUCAGCUAGAAACCAUCCAAAUGCGGCUGCGAAGAUGAUUCGUGCAUUGAAAGAAUUCCGUAUCAGAGGUGUCAAGACCAACAUUCCAUUCCUGCUCAACGUUCUCCGUCAACCGAGCUUCCUUGACGCAUCUGUGGACACCUACUUUAUUGAUGAACAUCCAGAGUUGUUCCAAUUCAAACCAAGUCAAAAUCGUGCUCAAAAACUGUUGAGUUACUUGGGAGAGGUUAAAGUAAACGGACCAACAACUCCACUUGCAACUGAUCUGAAACCAGCCCACGUCUCUCCACCAAUUCCAUAUAUCCCGGCAGGAGCCAAGCCACCAGCCGGACUCCGUAAUGUGCUUGUCCAGAAAGGACCUGCUGAGUUCGCAAAGGAAGUUCGUAAAACUCCGGGAUGCAUGAUUACCGACACUACUUUCAGAGAUGCUCAUCAAUCUCUUCUUGCCACUCGAGUUCGCACAUACGAUAUGGCUGCCAUCUCGCCCUUCGUUGCACAGUCUUUUACCAAUCUUUUCUCUCUUGAAAACUGGGGAGGAGCUACUUUCGAUGUCUCCAUGCGAUUCCUUCACGAAUGUCCAUGGGAACGCCUUCGUACUCUUCGUGAACUGAUCCCCAACAUUCCAUUCCAAUGCUUGCUUCGUGGAGCCAAUGCUAUGGGUUAUUCAAAUUAUCCAGACAAUGUUAUUUACAAGUUCUGUGACUUGGCAGUGAAGAAUGGAAUGGACGUGUUCCGUGUAUUCGAUUCUCUCAACUAUUUGCCUAAUCUUCUCGUUGGAAUGGAAGCUGUUGGAAAGGCUGGAGGAGUCGUUGAAGCAGCUAUCGCUUACACUGGAGAUGUCACUGAUAAGUCACGUGACAAGUACGAUCUCAAGUACUACCUCAAUCUGGCUGAUCAACUUGUAAAGGCUCAAGCUCAUAUCCUUUCCAUUAAAGAUAUGGCUGGAGUGCUGAAACCAGAAGCAGCGAAGUUGCUGAUUGGUGCCCUCCGCGAUAAGUUCCCAGAUAUUCCGAUCCACGUCCACACUCAUGACACAUCUGGAGCUGGAGUCGCUGCUAUGCUUGAAUGUGCCAAGGCCGGAGCUGAUGUUGUCGAUGCUGCUGUUGACAGUAUGAGUGGAAUGACUUCUCAGCCAUCGAUGGGAGCUAUCGUUGCUAGUCUUCAAGGAACUAAACAUGAUACUGGACUCUCCCUUGAUGAUAUUUCCAAGUAUUCUGCCUACUGGGAGUCUGCUCGUCAAUUUUACGCUCCAUUCGAGUCUGCCACCACUAUGAAGAGUGGAAAUGCUGACGUCUACAAGCAUGAGAUUCCAGGAGGACAGUACACUAACUUGCAAUUCCAAGCCUUCUCACUUGGACUUGGACCACAAUUCGACGAUGUGAAACGUAUGUAUCGUGAGGCCAAUCUUGUUCUCGGUGAUAUCAUCAAGGUGACACCAUCCUCGAAGAUUGUCGGUGAUUUGGCCCAAUUCAUGGUUCAAAACGGUUUGACUCGUGAGACUCUUGUCGAUCGUGCUGAUGAUCUCUCCUUCCCAAAGAGUGUUGUUGAUUUCAUGCAAGGAAAUGUCGGACAACCACCAUACGGAUUCCCAGAACCAUUGAGAACCAAAGUCCUUCGUGGAAAGCCAAAGGUGGAUGGAAGACCAGGAGAGAACGCUAAGCCAGUCGAUUUGGAUGCUGUUAAAGUAGAACUCGAAGAGAAACAUGGUCGCCCAUUGAGCGAGGAAGAUGUUAUGUCAUACUCAAUGUUCCCAUCUGUCUUCGAUGAAUUCGAGACAUUCAGACAGCAAUACGGACCAGUUGAUAAAUUGCCAACAAGACUGUUUUUGACUGGCCUCGACAUUGCUGAGGAAGUUGAUGUUGAAAUCGAGAGUGGAAAGACCCUCGCCAUCCAACUUCUUGCCGAAGGAAAGCUCAACAAGCGUGGAGAACGUGAAGUAUUCUUCGAUCUCAACGGACAAAUGAGAAGUAUUUUCGUUGUUGACAAAGAAGCUUCCAAGGAGAUCGUGACCCGCCCCAGAGCCCUGCCAGGAGUCCGUGGACACAUUGGAGCUCCAAUGCCAGGAGACGUUCUUGAACUGAAAAUCAAGGAAGGAGACAAGGUCACCAAGAAGCAACCACUCUUCGUGCUCUCCGCCAUGAAAAUGGAGAUGGUAAUCGACUCUCCAAUUGCUGGAACCGUCAAGAAGGUCCAUGCUGGACAAGGAACAAAGUGCACUGCUGGAGACUUGGUCAUCGAAAUUGAACCAUGA